AUGUCUGAGAACAAGGAACAUACAGUUAAGAGGAAGUCCUUAAGUUCCUAUCUUUCAAAUGUUAGUUCCAGAAGAGAAGAGUUAGAGAGAAUAGCUCAGCGUGAGAAAGAGGAAGAGGCAUUAGCCAUACAAAGGAAACAAGAGGAGGAAUCAUUGGCUCUUCAAAGGAAACAAGAGGAAGAAGCAUUGGCUAUACAAAGGAAACAAGAGGAAGAAGCCUUAAAGUUGAAGAAGGCUCAAGAAGAGGCUCAAGAAGAGGCUCAAGAAGAGGCUCAAGAAGAAGCUCGAAUCAUACAAGAACAGAAAGAUGAAGAGGCCAGAAAACUUGAAAUGCAGAAGGGAGAAGAAGCUAGAAGGCUUGAAGAGAGGAAGUAUAUCCAAGAACAAGAACAAGAACAAAUAAAAAAACAAAAGGCUGAACAGGAAGCUGAACAUCCUGCUGAACAUCCUGCUGAACAUCCUGCUGAACAUCCUGCUGAACAUCCUGCUGACUUGGUUAUAACGGAUAGCAACAAUGAAGCCAGCAUCGGAACUCAACGUAGAGAUAGUCAAGAUAAUCAUGAACAGAGACACCAACAUAGUUAUCAUAAGGAAGAUCAAAUUACAGGACAAAAUUCUCACUCUCAAGUUUCAGAUGAAGAAGAAGCUAAUGCAAAGAUAGAACAAGAUAAAUCAUCCUCAGAAGUGAAUAAAAAUAAGAAUAUCGAAAAUGAUUCCAAUCCCACAAUCUCUUUAUCCAGAACCCAGUUAAAAUCAAUGCUUACAGAUCCAACUGAGAUUGAAAGAAAAGAUAUAGAAGCUGGUCAAAGUUCAGAUGAAGAAGAGGUGUAUAGUGAUGCCCCUACUGAACCGGCUUCUCCACCAAGACCCAGAUUAACACGGUUAGUACGAUAUGAUGAAAUUAAAGGGAAACCUGGUAACAAAUCAAGGUCCAACAUAUCUAAUAAAUCAGAUUCUGAGUUAUCAGAUAUUGAUGAUAUCCAAAAUAAUCCCAUCUCUAGUAGUAUUCUUAAUGAUGCUUCAUCGCCAAUUAAAUCGAAACAUCAUCAUAUAUCCUCCUCUCCUAGUAGAAGCAAGCUAAUAAAGAAAAGUUCAAGUACACCAAAAAUCCAUACAACAAAUAUAUCAACAAUGUCAUCAAAAACCAGGAAAAGCAUAUAUAGAGAUUCUGGAGGGAGAACGAAACUUCAAAUUGCAUGCGAUAAAGGCAAAUAUGAUACUGUAAAGAAACUAAUUGAAGAAGGUGAAAUUGAUGUAAACGAUCAAGAUAAUGCAGGUAAUUCAUCGUUACAUGAGGCAGCAUUGAACGGUCAUUUGGAUUGUGUUAAAUUACUUGUCCAGCAUGGAGCCAAUGUAAAUUUAGUUUCUUUUGAAAUGUUUAAAGAUACACCUUUGAUCGAUGCAGCAGCAAAUGGCCAUAUAGAUGUUGUGAAAUAUCUACUGAAGCAUGGCGCAGAUCCUACAAUAUCUAAUGCAAAGGGACUAACUGCUUAUGAAUCUAUUGAAGAUGAGACAGAAUUUGAUGAAGACGAUUUAGAAAGAAUUAGAGAGAUCAAAGAAUGUCUUAGGGAGGCAGCUCGACACUGGAAAGAUAAAAGUACUGGUACACGCUCAUCGAGAAAGAACUCGAUCUUGCCUAAUCAUAAUACUAAAGUUGAAGAACAUAGUGUUGAAGACGAAUUUUAUUGGACUGAUAUCACUUCAAAAGCUGGUAAAGAGAAACUUUUUAGGGCCUCCAAGGAUGGCAACCUAACUUAUGUUGGAUUAUAUUUAGAAAAUGGUGGACGUGUAGAUUUCAAAUCAUUUUUAGAAGCUGUUAAGUUUGGUCAUGAAGAUAUCACCAGCAUAUUUUUAGCAUUUGGAGCUCAAGUGAAUACAUCGUUAAAAGACGGUACAACUGCGCUUAUGGCGGCUGUUGGUAGGGGACAUAUCAAUAUAGUGAAACUUUUACUUGAAGCUGGCGCAGACCCAAAACGAAAAGAUAAAGAAGGGAAGUCUGCUAUAUAUUAUGCAAAGAAUAGUUCCAUGGGUUUAGUUGAUGAUGAAGAACUAGCAUUGCUUGGUUAUACUGAUAGAGAUAAUUCACCUAACCCUGACGACUUGGAACCUAAUGAGGUUGUUAAACUUGAAACUAAAUCCGUUAAAGAUAGUAGUUCGAAUAGGAAAAGACACAGAACAAAGCAGGAUGAACAUGGAUAUGAGAACAAUGGAUUUUCAAGGACAGGUAAAAAGUCUAAGAAUAAUGAUUACAGUGGUACGUCGGAUGGGGAUAGUGAAGAAGAGAUUGUUAUCAAUGCCUCUAGAAAAAGACAUGUUUCCACACCGGUUGAUGAUCAGAAAUCAGAUAUAGAAGAUGAUGAUAAUAGAUUGGACAAAUCUAUCGAAGGAGAAGGAGAAGAACAAGAAGAAGAACAAGAACAAGAACAAGAACAAGAACAAGAACAAAAACAAGAACAAAAACAAGAACAAGAACAAGAACAAGAACAAGUUCCUAUUGAAACAGCUGAAGAGAAAGAGAAGAGAUUAAGAGAAGAGGAAGAAAGAGCUAGACGUUUGAAAGAAGAAGAAGAAGAGAAAUUGAGGAAAUUGCAAGAACGGGAAGAAGAAAGACAAAGAAUUUUAAAGCAAGAAGAGGAAGAGAGGCAGAGAAUAGAAAAAGAAGAAGAGGAAGAAAGGCAGAAAAGGUUGAAGGAAGAAGAUGAAGAAAGACAAAAAAGGUUGAAAGAAGAGGAAGAGUAUCGAGAGAAGAGAUUACAACAGAAGAAGAAGAGAGAACAAGAGUUAUUGCAGAAAUUAGCCGAUGAUGAACAAAAGAAAGUAGCCGAGAGAGAGAAACAGAAGCUUGAAGAGAGCAAGAGACAAGAAGAAGAGAGGUUGAGAAGAGAACAAGAAUUAGUCAAACAGAAAGAAGAAGUUGAACUAGCCAAAAGACGCAAGAUACGAGAAAGCUAUCCAUUAGGAUUGAGAUUGAUUGAUUUUAAUGAAAAAGGUGAUUUCAAAGAAUUCCUACCAUUGUAUUACAUCGUGAAAGAAGAUGGUAUGAAAUGGGUCCUGAAUUUACAAAUAGUGACCAUGUUCAAAGAUAUUAAAUACGUGUAUCAAGAAGAUAACGAGUUCAGUCAAAAGCAAAAAUUGCAAUUAUGGAAUUUAUUAAAGUUUAUUUUCUUGUAUGGUGGUAAUAAUAAUAGAAAAGUGGUUCAAUUCGAUAACUAUAGCCUGUCUGAAAGGAUAGAAUGCGAACAAGAAGAGUAUUGUAAAUUUGCUCAAUUGCCUAUGAGAUGGAUUAAAUGGGAUGAUGUCAAGAUUGAAGACAUAAGUUUGAAAGGAGUGAUUGAAGAGAACAUGAUUGAAAUAGCGUUGAAUCAAGAGGAGGCUGUUGAAGGGGAAAGAAAAGCACAAGAACAAGAACAAGAACAAGAACAAGAAGAGCACGGGCAUGAGCAUGUUCUGGAACUAGAACAAGUUCCUCGUCAAUCGACAUUGUCGCCAACAUCCACAGGCAUUCCGCCAGCGUCUCCAUUUCACCAAGUUCCUACUGAGAUUCCUACCAAGUUCCAAAGACGUCACGAUAUAUCUCGAAUGCUAAAAUCGACGACGCAGACAUCACUCUGGUAG